UUUUCGCAACGCAGGUUGUUCUUCUCCUCGGUAAAUGUCGGUGCUGCAGCUGAAUUUAUCCUGUUGCUAGUUUGUCGGAAUGUCGGGACAGAACUACGGCCAAGGCGAGCCGGCGGAGAGCCGCUUUCAUGUGGAUGUGGUCCACGAGGACGAGUCAAGGGGCCGUUUCCGGGUGGGCUUCAAUGACCCCGGGGCAUUGGGCAGCGCUGCCGACAUCGGUCUUCCACCAGACGUUUUUCUCGAGCCGGCUGAUGGGCUGCGUAGCGACUCAGUCAGCCUGCACUCGACGGGAACGGGGCAGACGCAAGCGUCAGACACGCACUCCAACACUUACUACAUGAGGACCUUUGGACACAACACUGUGGACGCCGUGCCCAACAUCGACUUCUACCGCAUGACAGAGGCAACACUUGGCGAGAAGAUGAACAGACCCUCACUUGCUGAACUCCACGACCAACUCGAUAAGGAUCCCCUGGAGGACGGGAUGGCCAACGGGGACGAGCCAUCUGCAGCCGAGGAGGCGGCUUCCCGGGCGGCCAAGGAGACCAAAGGAACGGCCAUCAAGUUCGGUUGGAUCAAAGGAGUGCUGGUGAGAUGCAUGCUGAACAUCUGGGGAGUGAUGCUCUUCAUCCGAAUGUCCUGGAUCGUCGGCCAGGCCGGCAUUGGUCUGACCAUCGCCAUCAUCCUGAUGGCCACUGUGGUGACCACCAUCACGGGUCUGUCCACCUCAGCCAUUGCCACCAACGGCUUCGUACGGGGAGGUGGUGCUUACUACCUGAUCUCCAGGAGCUUGGGUCCAGAGUUUGGAGGCUCCAUUGGUCUCAUAUUUGCCUUUGCUAAUGCAGUGGCUGUGGCAAUGUACGUGGUUGGCUUUGCUGAGACGGUGGUGGAGAUGCUCAACGACGUGGACGCCCUGAUGACCGAUGAGCUGAACGAUAUUCGCAUUGUGGGCACACUGACCGUCAUCCUGCUGCUGGGUAUCUCUGUGGCAGGAAUGGAGUGGGAGGCCAAAGCUCAGAUUGUUCUGCUGAUCGUCCUGCUGGCCGCCAUUGCAAAUUACUUCAUUGGAAGCCUAAUUCCUUCUCAGGAUAAGAAGGCGAAAGGAUUCUUUGGAUAUCAAACGGCCAUCUUUGUGGAGAACUUGGGUCCAGACUUUAGGGAUGGUGAGACCUUCUUCUCUGUAUUUGCCAUCUUUUUCCCAGCGGCCACUGGGAUCCUGGCAGGAGCCAACAUCUCUGGAGACCUCACUGAUCCCCAGUCUGCCAUCCCCAAAGGAACGCUGCUCGCCAUCCUCAUCACGGGCUUAACCUACGUGGGUGUGGCCAUCUCAGCAGGGUCGGUCAUGGUGAGAGACGCGACGGGUGACAUUAACGACACCCUGAUCGACACAGUCAACUGCACCGACUCUGCCGCUUGUAGGCUUGGGUAUGACUUUUCGAUCUGCAAGGAGGGAGGCUGCCAGUACGGACUCAUGAAUGACUUCCAGGCAAUGAGUCUGGUUUCAGCUUUUGGUCCUCUGAUAACAGCAGGAAUCUUCUCAGCCACUCUGUCAUCCGCUCUGGCCUCGCUAGUCAGUGCUCCAAAAGUUUUCCAGGCUCUUUGCAAGGACAACAUCUACCCAGGCCUUGGCGUCUUCGCCAAAGGUUAUGGCAAGAACAAUGAACCAUUGCGCGGCUACGUGCUAACCUUCUGCAUCGGCCUUGCCUUCAUCCUCAUUGCUGAGUUGAACAUCAUUGCUCCGAUCAUCUCCAACUUUUUCCUGGCUUCCUAUGCGCUCAUCAACUUCUCAGUCUUCCACGCCUCGCUCGCCAACUCUCCAGGGUGGCGUCCCAGCUUCAAGUACUACAACAUGUGGGUGUCUUUGGCGGGAGCCAUCCUGUGCUGUGUGGUAAUGUUCGUCAUCAACUGGUGGGCGGCGCUAGUCACGCUGCUCAUUGUCCUGGCACUCUACAUCUACGUCAGCUACAAGAAGCCUGAUGUCAACUGGGGCUCAUCCACCCAGGCUCUUAUCUACAACCAGGCUCUCACACAAUGUCUCAACCUAACUGCUGUGGAGGACCAUGUUAAGAAUUUCAGGCCUCAGUGUUUGGUUCUGACAGGGUAUCCGAGCUCUCGACCCGCUCUGUUGCAGAUGGUCCAUUCCUUCACCAAAAAUGUGGGCCUGAUGGUCUGCGGACAUGUCAGGAUUGCAUCUCGGCGUCCCAAUGUGAAGGAGGCGUCUCAGGAGCACGCACGCUGCCAGCGUUGGCUCAACAAGAAGCGCUUCAAAGCUUUCUACGCGCCAGUCUUCUCCGACACGCUCAGACACGGCGUGCACUUCCUCCUGCAGUCAGUGGGUUUAGGCCGCCUGAAGCCCAACACGCUGGUACUCGGCUUCAAGAACAAUUGGAUGGAAGGUCACAUGAAUGAUGUGGAGGCUUACAUCAACAUCAUCCAUGACGCCUUUGACCUGCAGUUUGGUAUGGUCAUUCUGAGGCUUCCUGAGGGUCUGGACAUCUCUCAUAUCCAAGGACAAGACGAGCUGUCUUGCUCCCAUGACAAGCCACCAGUCAGUAAGGACACACCAGUAACUGUCACACUGACUAAAGACUCCGAUUCAGACUCCAGUCCAUCAAAGACAACUAGCAACCAGAGCAGCCCGCUCAUCAUCAGAGAUACCAAAUCAGCUCUGAGUUCCAGCGAUCUCCGUCUCCUGGAAUCCAGUCAGCAAUUCAAGAAGAAACAAGGCAAAGGAACCAUCGAUGUCUGGUGGCUUUUUGAUGAUGGAGGGUUGACAUUGCUGGUUCCCUACCUGCUAACCAACAGAAGCAAAUGGGCCGACUGCCGUAUUCGAGUCUUCAUUGGAGGAAAAAUCAACCGCAUUGACCAUGACAGACGCAUGAUGGCAACCCUGCUCAGCAGGUUCCGCAUUGACUUCUCCGACAUCAACGUCUUGGGAGACAUCAAUACCAAACCCAAGAAACAUAAUAAGUUGUGGUUCAAGGCCCUGGUAGAGUCGUAUCGACUGAAAGAGGAGGACAUGGACCAGGAGGCGGCCGAGCGUCUGAAGGCUGAGCAGCCUUGGAGGAUCACUGACAACGAGCUGGAGCUGUACAAGGCCAAAAGCAAUCGUCAGAUCCGACUCAACGAGCUUCUCAAGGAACAUUCUGGAGAUGCCAAGCUCAUUGUCAUGACAAUGCCACUGGCGAGGAAAGGCGUAGUGUCCAGCGCCCUCUACAUGUGCUGGCUGGAAACGCUGUCCAAGGAACUUCCGCCUCUAAUGCUGGUGCGAGGAAACCACCAGAGCGUCCUCACUUUCUACUCCUAACACACACAAAAGUCACAUUAAGUGUGUUAUUGUUGACUUUUUGUUGCAUUGUAUUUCAAAAAUGUCAUUAACAAACUGACCGUAUGUCCAUGUAACAGUUUGUUGUUUACAUGUUUUGCACUGAAUGUUGAAAGGAAUGUGUCUGUUGAAAAGAAUGUGUCUGUUGAAAAGAAUGUUGAAAAGAAUGAAAAAAAAUUUUUAAAUUUUUUUUUUUUUUUUA